GGCUUCCCCACGGCGGAGGGGGCUCAAGCCCUCCAGGCACAGCCCACCUUAGGAAACACCUCGCAGUGCUUCUUCCAGCCCAAGCUCCUGGACAACAAGCAGGACGUCAAGCUGCCCUCUGCUUCCCCACCCCUGGACAAAUUUAAAGCCUCCUGCGCCCAGUGGGAGCCCGUCACCCAGCAUCAGGCCUACUUGCCCGCCGGCUACGAUUCUCCCGAAGCCCUCCCGCUCGGCAGCCUGGCAGAGGACGCUGCCUGCUUCGGCACCCACCUGGGCUUCGGCUGCGAGCCAGAAAACUUCCCGGCCCGCGGGGACUUUGCUGACACCAAGAUCCACAACCUCCCUCCUCCGUUAAUGCCGGAGUUUGACGCCUCCUUGGCCCAGCCCGAAGUCCUGCCGGGUCUGAUGAGCUCUGCCGAGCUUCUCCAUCCUCACCCUUCACCCUCUGUCCCCCCCACGGACUUUUUGGGCCACCCCACCUCUUCCUCCAUCCCUUCCCUGCUGCCCACCAACCCUCCCGCCUUGGCUGAGCCCAAGAAGAAGACCCGCCGGACCAAAUGCUCUUCCAAAUGCUUCUGCCCGAAACCCCACGAGAAGGCUUUCGCCUGCCCGGUGGAGAACUGCAUCCGGAGCUUCGCCCGCUCGGAUGAGCUCAACAGGCACCUCCGCAUC